AUGUCAACCAGUAAUGAUUCAUUAAUGUUUUAGUCUCCUCCAAAUUAAAAAGCAAAUGAUAAACCAUAGGUAGCUUAGCAACUAGUAGAAGCUAGACAAAUCCAAUAAAGAAUGAGAAAUAAGAUGCAGAAUAUGCUGAGCUCUGUAAAGUGCUGUCACAAGGACUUGAAAGAACAGCUUUUGUCUAAAAAGGAAUAAUUCGAGUUGCAAUUAGUCAAUGAGUGUACUUCUGUGGAGUAGAUAUACAAAUAGUUUUCAACGAUGAAGUUAAACAUGAUAAAUAAAAGUAAUGAUACUGCAUUCAGAAAGAGAUAUGAGUCAUUGAUAAGUCCAUAAUUCUCAUCCAGCAUUAUAUCAUAAUAAGAAAACAUCUCAAAACAUAUAAUAAGGCCAAUUUAAAAGUCUAGAGAAGACUUUGUCAGAAAUAUUUAAACUCUGAAUGAAUAGCACCAGGUUAAUUUGAAAACAACUUAGUAGGACUUGAAAAUUGAAAUUGAAAGAACUACUAAACUCUGCAAUGCUCUUAAGAUGAUUUGUCAAGUUUAUAUAGAUAAAUUGGAGAUUGAAAAGUAAGAUGAAAGUGGAUUUAAAAAUUAGAAGCUAUAAGAUUAUUUGAAGAUAUUAGUUGUAAGAUAGAAUGACAAAGGGAAAUUUAUAGAAUUAUUGUGUGAGUGUUUAAAAGAUGAAAACAUGUAGGUUGUUGGGUAUUAAGUAGUUAAAAAGAGUAGUGAUGUUAAACUUAGAAGUGAAGUUUAUGAGGAAUUAUAGGAGUUAGUAAGAGAAGUGCUAAUUGUCUUAAACUAAUAAAUGAUAGUAUGA